UUUGAUGAACUAACUGAAGAGCAGAGGAAAGAUGUCCUUCGAAGGAGUUUGUGGAUGCCUCCAACACAUAGUGGAGAAUGUGUUUCAGGAGUUCAAGAGAGGCUUCUUCCUGGUGUGUGAGCAGGAUUUGGUGAAACUCUUCAGGCCAAAGGAGCUGCAAGAAGUGAUGGUGGGCAAAGACUUCAGUGACUGGGAAAAGCUGAA